UUCUGUUCUGCUGCUGCUGCUCCUGGCAAAGUCAAAACGAAUUUCGAAGUCGACGGUUGUGGCUGGCGCUGGUCGUUUUUUCUCCACUGCGCCUCUGCUUGAAAAAUACUAUUUAGGCUUUAAAAACGAAACCCCCCCUCAUAGAAAAAACCGAGAAUCCAAACGCAACGCACUUAACAAACUUAAAUUCUAACCUAAAAUCAAAUUUCAAAUAAUAACGAAAUUAUCCCAGGCAGGCACAACCCUUGAAAGAACACUCAAAAGAAUUACCAAAAACUAAAGCGAAAUCUACAUUAACCAUACGCACCGUUUAAAAGCACAAAAAAAGUGAAAAAUUCACAUAAAAAAAUUAUAAAGGAAAAAAGCCGAACCAUAAAAAGCAAACAAAAAGCUAAAACUCUCUAGAGAAGGAACAGAAGCAGCAGAAUCAUCGGCAGCAAGAACAUUCUGCUGCAUAAAUAAUACACGCCACACACAGAGGGACGAGACGAGACGCACGGAAGGCAGGACCACACGCGUCAUAUAGGAGGAACCACAUACCAGGCUGAAGGAGCCAGAGAAGCGGACUCUGGAAGCAAACACACGCAUGCAGAAGGCGCAGGGGAAGGUGCUGGAUGCGGUGCUCCUGUUCUAUUAUUUAACUGCUUUCAACGUUAGCGUGUUCAACUUGACGAAAGUCGAUUGAAAGCCGCCUUCAACGGCAUCCAGCCACCAGCAUCCCUUUCUCUCUCCCGUUCAAUCAACACAGAGAGACAAAGUGAUAGAGAGAGAGAGAGAGAGAGAGCAAAAGAGAGAGUCUGUGCGAGAGAGUGUGACGGCAGGAACGACGUCAACGUCAAUCCGCUCAAUAUUUAUACAUUGAGCGGAGUCUCUUGGCCAGAAUCCAGUACCAGAGCCAGGACCCCAAAACGCAAACGCUCCCUGGCUCCCUGCUGGGCCUCAAAAUAAAUAACAUCUGACAUCUGCCCGACCCUCGAGUCGCCCCCCACCCUCCUCCCUCCCCCCGGUCUUUCUCUGCAUCGAGAAAGCACUUAACCAUAAAGAAAGCCCCCCAACAAACGAAACUUAACGAAAAGCGAAACAAUUUCCAUACAAAAAACAUAAAACCAACCAAACGUGAACUAAAAAAAGAAAAACUAAAACAAAGCAAUGGGCGCCAAGGAAAGUGUCGAGGCAGCCGCCAAACUAAACGCCGAUGGCUGGGGUCAUGUGGAGCGAGGAAGUCGCUACCACGGCCAUCGGCACAAUCAGCGAUCGCAGUCGUUAAAUCGCGGACAGGCGCUCUCGCAGGCGGACGUGAGCGGAAUGUGGUGACAUCGGGGUGCCUCUGGU